CCGCGGCGCCUGCCGGGAAACGCCUCGCAUCCGGGAGGCCCCGGUGCAUUGUGGGAGGCUGGCCCGGCGCCUGUCGGGCGGGCGGAGCGCGGCCCCCCUCUCUCUCCCCCCCCUCGCGCGGUGGCUGCCGGGUAACCCCUCUCCCUCGUCCAAUCGGCGGCCCGCUCUCCUGGCCCCGCGCGGUGCCUGCUGGGAGUCUGGCCCUGUCCCCGAGGCCCCUUCGCCCGGGAGGAGGAGGAAGAGGCGGCGGCGGCGGCCCCGCGGUGCAUGGUGGGUGAGGAGGCGGCGGCGGGCGGGCAGCGCCCGGCGGAGAGGCCCAGCGGAGGCCGAGGCAGGGGCGGCGGGGCGCCUGGGCCUGCGCGCCAGGGGCAUUGUGGGUAGGCCCAGGGAGGAGGGGGGAGGCCGCGUCGGCGUCGGGACCAGGCCCGGAGCCCCUGGCGGCGGUGGGGUCGGGGUCGCGGCCUCCCUCGGGAUCCGCCCGCGGAGCAGCCAUGGCAGACCCGGGACGGGCCGGAGCAGGUAAAGGGGGCCCCGCCCCUCCCCACCCACGGACACGUGAUCAGCCCCCCAAAACAGAAGGGGGUCCUCUCGCCCCCCCCACUUCGCACCCCGAAAGGAGAUUAGGGACGGGGGGCCUCUGCCUGGUGGUGCGUCGGGAGGGAUGCUGGGAUUUGGGGCGCCGUGUUCGCGUGUGCAGAGAAUAAUAAGGGUUUGCUUUGAUUCUGUUUUCCCUUCUGUAUUAUUGUGCACUUUGCCUUUCCGUUGUUUGCCUGUGAUCUCCGGGUGAAGCGCGAGAUUUAAUUAAUAACGACAAUGAUUUGGGAAGUCCUGCUGCUGCUGCUUCUGGCAAUAAUAAUAAUAAUAAUAAUAAUAAUAAUAAUUUAUUAUUUAUACCCCACCCAUCUGGCUGGGUUUGCCCAGCCACUCUGGGCAGCUUCCAACAGAAUAUUAAAAUACAAUAACCUAUUAACAUUAAAAGCUUCCCUAAACAGGGCUGCCUUCAGAUAUCUUCUAAGACUCCCGCCCUGUCUGCACAAGGGUUGCAACUAAGAGAAGCAGCAGCAGCAUUAGGCAGAGACCCAAGCGGUGCAGUUUUCCUCCUCCUCCUCCUCCUCGCUUCCCUGGCUUAAAAACAAGAAUCCUAGAAUUGCAGCCUUGGAAGGGACCCAGAGGAUCAUCUAGCCCAACCCCCUGCGAGUGGGAUUAGGGAAGCUCUCUCAGAGCAGCCCCCUCGCCUUGCCCCUCCUUUUGGGCUGCAGAAGAUGCUGGAGGAGCAGGAUUUGGCCAUGGUGGGCCUCUGCUCUGCACCCCUUGAGCUCUCCCAGGCAGUUAGAUGUUGCACCAACAUAGACGCACAGGGGCCCUGAGGCAAGAUUUAACUGCAGCCCAAGGUCCUUUCUGCCACCAGAGAAGCAACAAAACCCAAACUGAGAUUGUGAGGGGAGGGGUGUAUAUGUACAAGGUGGGGGGAGAGUUCAGUCUCCCUAACACCAGUGUUAGAAGCUCAGGUGUAUAAGGUGAUCACCCAAAUGGCACUUUUAAACUUAGGUUUUGGUUGCCACACAAGGGAUUGUCUAGGCGCUAUUUCCCCCCCCCCCCCAUGAAAUGUAUUAUCUUUCAUUUCAUUUCUAUAUCAGUUUAUAUUUUAAAGUAUUCUAGGAAGACAGUGGGGUGUAGUUACCACAUUUAUAUCACACUCUUUUCUCCACGGAGUACAUUGGUACACCCUCCCUUCUCAGUUAUUCCCUACAACGACCCUGCGAGGUAGGAGAAGAGGCUGUGACUUGCCCAAGUUCACUCCGUGAGCCAGGCCCUCACCUGACACUCUCACCGUUACCCCCCACUGGCUUCCUAGAGUCCUUCUGCCGUGGGGCAGCUAUAUAAAUUAAGUAGGUAAAUAAAUAUGAAAAAAGCCAAAUGUCACUUAGCGAAGGAUCUGAAAUAUUUCCCUUGGAAGAUUGAAUUAGUUUUAUCCUGGAUGUUUUUGUUUGAUGCGUGAAUGUGCUGCAAGCCGCCUUUGAGAUUUGUUCUUUUGAAUGUAAAUAAAUGAAAUGAACAAUAAAAACAACAAACCUCGUUGGGAAAAAAUAAAAGGUGCCUGGACAUUCCAUUGUGACAACCAUAACCUAGGUUUAAGGUGCCAUUUGGCAAUUAGAUUAUAUAUCUGUGAGUUGUGAACAUUGUGAUACAAUACUGAUUGCUGUAAACCUCAGGAGGGGAGAGGCGCUUGCUGGUUGCUGGUUCCCCAUUGGGGCAUUUGAUCAGCCACUGUGAGAACAGGGGGCUGGGCAAGAUAGAUGGGCCCCCUUUGGCCUGGUCUAGCAGCCAGGCUCUGCUGAUGUCCUUCUGGUCUGAGUGGUCUCCAGAGACGGUCCCAGUGGCUGCUCUGCCCGGCCAGACCCCAUUUCCCCAUCUCAGGACCUGGGCUGCCUCAAAGCAGCCCAGCCCCAUUUCCUUCCGCCCAUGCUCCCCAAAGCAUGGAGGGCUUUCAAAAGAGGAAUGCACACCUUGCUCUGAAUAACUUUGUGCCGAUCCCUGUGAGGGGCGGGAGAUCCUGGGCCCCCUGGAACUCACCACCACAGGACGCUUGGAGACUGUCUGCUGCGCAGGUGGCUCCUGGCAGAAGGGCUGGGGUUUGUGUGCUCUUCUGCCAGGAGCAAGAAGGGCUUUGCAGCUGUUUCGCCCUGGCAGUCCAAGUAAUCAAAAGGCUGCUGUUUGCCCCCGAUGGGGCCCUUUAACUGGGGCUUGCAGGCAGCACACUCACAAGAUAGUUUUCCGGGCUUCUUCAGUGGUCUGAUCUCAAAGUCUUGAUACGUAUAUUGAUAUUCACUGAUAAUAAUUCAAAUCAAAUCUUAUUAGAAAUAGCUUGAUGCACUUCUAAAUGAUUAAUUAAAUCAAAAAUACAUAUUCAUUAUACAUAAAAUCAAAUUUCUGUAGUACAGAAGAGCGGCCUGUCUCUAUCUACAACUCUACUAGCAUCUCGGUAUUGUGAACUUACCUUUUGUUGGUAUCUUCAUGAACUUAUCUAAAAAACUGAGUUAAGCAUUUGAAAAAUCUAUUGAAACCUGACAUUACAGGUUCAUUUUAGGCUGGGUAGUUCGCAAGUCUUUGUGGCUCUGUGUAAUGUUUUGUAUUUUUCUCAGAAGGUUGAUAAAGUAUGUUUAAUUCUUGUUCUGUGUAUAUUACCCGCCAACGUGUUGCGUGAGUCGUACUCCUGGGAACAAGAAGGGGGCAGAGUCCGGGGCAGACGGGCCCUGCCGCGGGGAGGAAGCUGCGUGGGGGUGCGGAAGUCGUGUGGGAACGAUCCCAGAGUCGCAGCUUGUUUUGAAGGAAGGAGGAAGUGGCAGUUGCUCAAUCCACCAGCUCCCUCUCCUCUUCCACUGAGCCUCUGCGGUUACUCAGAGCAGGCCACGUGAAGAAGCAUAGAACAAUAGAAGUGUGGCGUGGGAGGGGACCCUGGGGUGUCAUUUAGUCCAACCUGCCGCAGUGCAGGAGUCUUGUGCCACACGUGGGGGCUUUUAUCCCCGCAGGAUUUGCUCACCUCUCGCUUGAUGGUUGGGAAGCUGUUCGUGAAGAGAGUAGAGCAUAAGAAUGUAAGAGGAGUCUGCUGCAGGAUCAGGCCAAGGGGGGCGUUGAGAAUCUAGGAAUCAAGAUAGGCUGCCUCUGGGACUGGAGGUUCCAUAAAAAGAAUCAGACUGUUCUAAACCUCCCAGCAUUUGGCUUCCUUGGCUCUCUCUGAGCUCCAGCUUCUGACUGCACACUGGAGGGAGGGAGAGAAGGCGCCUGGACGCCGGUCUCCUGGGUUCCUUCCCCACCAGAGGCGGGCGGCCAGGAAGCCCUUGAGUCUCGUGGCGCCUCUUGCAGGGUUGCAAAAUAUCCGGAGUGAUCAGUUCUGGGGAAAUGCCGGAAGGGGUGGAGGCUGCGGGGGCUCAUUUCAGACUUGGGUCUCUCUCUGGUGUGUGUCUUCACGAGCACAGAGGGGUGAGAGUCACCUUUAACGCUCUCUCCCCCCUCCUUCCAGGCUGCCGGAGUCCGGAUAGCUCUUCUCUCAGUUCUUCCCCACCGCUGCGAGGCACCGGAGCAUCCCCUCUGCCAGAGCCCUCGGCUCCCCUGCACCCUUCCAUGAUCGGUUCCGCCAUGACCACCUCCAUCAGCGGCCUGGGCUCUCCCUUCCCUGUCAUCAGCUCCUCCAUGGGGUCCCCGGGACUCCCAGCGACACCCUCCAUCGGCUACGGACCUGUCAGCAGCCCUCAGGUAAGACUGCUCACCACCACCGCCCUCCGGGAGCUGGGUGAAGGGGAGCGAACGGGCUGGAAGCCAAGAUCUGUGCCUUCCGCGCCAUGAUGGGCUCCCAGUACAUUUCUGAGCACAAUCCAAAGCGUUGGUGCUGACUUUUGGGACCCUAAACGGCCUUGGUCCUGUAUACCUGAAGGAGCGUCUCCACCCCCAUCAUUCUGCCUGGACACUGAGGUCCAGCGCCGAGAGCCUUCUGGCGGUUCGCUCACUGCGAGAAGCCAAGUUUCAGGGAACCAGGCAGAGGGCCUUCUCGGUAGUGGCACCUGCCCUGUGGAACGCCCUCUCACCAGAUGUCAAAGAGAUAAACAACUACCUGACAUUUAGAAGAAAUCUGAAGGCAGCCUUGUUUAGGGAAGCUUUUAAUGUUUGAUGCAUUAUUGUAUUUUAAUAUUCUGUUGGAAGCCGCCCAGAGUGGCUGGGGAAACCCAGCCAGAUGGGCGGGGUAUAAAUAAUAAAUUAUUAUUAGUAGUAGUAGUAGUAGUAUUACUACUACUAUUAUUAUUAUGAGGCAGAUGUGGUUGGGCAUGGGGUGGGUCUGUCUGCGUAAGUUGUUCAGGUCAGGCCUUAUAAACCUCCUGGGACCCAACUCUGAGGUCUUCCUUCGUGUUCCUCUUCCAUGAGAGGUCCAGGUGGCAGCCACACAAGAACGGGCCUUUUCUGCAGUGGCCCCUUGUUUGCGGGAUACUCUUCCCAGGGAAGUUCAGCUGAUGCCUUCAUUAGACACCUUCAGGCACCAGGCAAAAAUGUUUCAUUUUUCACCAGGCCUUUGGCUGAUUGACAUCCUUUGCCCUUUUAAAAGCGAUUGUUUUUAUUAUUAUUUGUGUGUUUUUUAUAUUGCAAUUGUAUGUUGUGGGCUUCCCUGAGAGCUACAGAUGGAGCGCAGUAUACAAAUUCUAAUGGAAAAUAAAUAAACGGAAGAACAAGUAAAUAAACUUGGCGACCACUUAGUCCCCGGGCCCAAGUCAAAGUGCUGUUUUUGACCUACAAAGCAUUGCUGCUGUUGUUAUAAUAUUUAUUUAUACCCUCCCUUUUUCCCCAUGGAGGAGCUUACGGAUAAAGUAGGAACAGCUAACAGCCUAGGAAAAAGGAAAACUGGCAUAAAAAAUGUUAAUAGAAUUAAAUGCAGGCAGAUGGAUAGGCAGGAGGAUGGUAGUCUGAGAACAGGGCCUCUUCAGUGGUGGCUUCCCAUUUGCAGAACACUCCUCCCAGGGAGGCUCACCUGGCAGUUUCGUUACACGUUUUCAGGCUCCCGGGGGGACGGACAUUCCUCUCCAACCAGGCCUUUGGCUUUUAUUUUUGUAUUUUGCAUUGUAUCACCCCCCCAAAAAAAAUCAAAUGUAUGCAUGUGCUGUGGGGUUGUAGCCAUGGCAGAAAAUGCAACCAAGGAAUUUAAUAUGUCAGUAAUAAAAUGAAAAAAUAUUUCAUUUCCUCUCGUUCAUAUACCCUGCGUGAUUGUAAAAAAAACCCCCACAAAAAACCCCAACUGAGCCUCAAAGCGACUUACAGAAAGACGUAACAACAAAAUUCUCGCUAAGAGAAAUUGACAGCAAUACUUUCAGACUGUCAAUAAACUAGAACAAGUUACAGGGAACUAGGCAGAGGGCCUUCUUGGUAGUGGCACCCGCCCUGUGGAACGCCCUCCCACCAGAUGUCAAAGAGAACAACUACCAGACUUUUAGAAGACAUAUGAAGGCAGCCCUGUUUAGGGAAGCUUUUAAUGUUUAAUAUUUUAGUGUUCUGUUGGAAGCCGCCCAGAGUGGCUUGGGAAACCCAGCCAGAUGGGCGGGGUAUAAAUAAUAAACUAUUACUAUUAAUUAUUAUAGACUAAGAACUAAGGCGCAUGGGGGGGGCGAUUCGGCGGGUAAUGAGACCUAAGUUGUUCAGCGCUUUACAUCCCGAUUGCUGCUCCUUGAGUGAACGGUCAGGCCAGUCUAAAUGCCGCACGACUGAGCGCCCUCUCUGGCCCUUCCGCAGAUCAACUCCACAGUCAACCUGUCCGGACUCCACUCGGUCAGCAGCUCGGACGACGUGAAGCCCCCGCUGGGCAUGCGGGUGGUGGCCGGCCACCCCCACGGAGCCAUCAUGCCCGGGAAGAGGCUCUGCGCCAUCUGUGGCGACCGGUCGUCAGGUGUGCGUGCGGACCUCGCGGGAGCCCCAGUCGGCGGAGUCGGUGUCUCCGGGGGGGGCGGGCGCUUGGGGCAGGGCGGUCAGUCAGUUCUGGCGUGGGUGGGGCAGGGCUCGAGGCAGCUGGGUAGCGGGGGAGAAGUCUCUAGCUUGUUUGGACGGGGAAGCCGGAGAGUCGAGAGAGGGAGCAGGAACAGCCCCUGCAUUCCCAUAUUAUUAUUAUUACAGUGGUGCCUCGCAAGACGAAAUUAAUUCGUUCUGCGAGUUUUUUCGUCUUGCGAAUUUUUCGUCUUGCGAAGCACGGUUUCCCAUAGGAAUGCAUUGAACGGUUUUAAGAAAAAGGACGUUUUCGUUUUUCGUCUUGCGAAGCAAGCCCAUAGGGAAAUUCGUCUUGCGAAGCAACUCAAAAAACGAAAAACUCUUUCGUCUUGCGAGGCAUUUGUCUUGCGAGGCAUUUGUCUUGCGAGGUACCACUGUAAUAAUAAUAAUAGGUGGGUGUUUAAAUAAUGUCUUAUGAUUAUUAGUGGGAUUUAAAUAAUGUUGUGACAUUAUCAUCAUAGCUGCUUUUAGGGCUAGCAAAAGGAUAAUAAUAAUAAUGCAAAGAUGCCUUAGUGGUUGGGGUGGCAAGCAAGGGGCGGGUCCCUCUGUGUCCCCAUAGUCAUGGAGGGAGAUAUUUUGUCACUGGGCUCUGCACAGAGACUGGAUCCGGGUGAGGUCCUGCCAGAGGAAGACAAGCAGGGUUGGGCGUAUUCUGGCCCUGCUGCCUCGUGUGGGAUUCCCGAUCUCCAAACUGGGCUAAGCUGUUUUUUUAGGGGGGCCAAUACAGUCUUAGGGACGCAGGUGGCGCUGUGUGUUAAACCACAGAGCCUAGGACUUGCUGAUCAGAAGGUCGGCGGUUUGAAUCCCCGCGACGGGGUGAGCUCCCGUUGCUCGGUCCCUGCUCCUGCCAACCUAGCAGUUCGAAAGCACGCCAAAGUGCAAGUAGAUAAAUAGGUACCGCUCCGGCGGGAAGGUAAACGGUGUUUCCGUGCACUGCUCUGGUUCGCCAGAAGCGGCUUAGUCAUGCUGGCCACAUGACCCGGAAGCUGUACGCUGGCUCCCUCGGCCAGUAAAGCAAGAUGAGCAGCGCAACCCCAGAGUCGGCCACGACUGGACCUAAUGGUCAGGGGUCCCUUUACCUUUAAUACAGUCUUGGAUUCGUGGCGCAUUUAAGGAAGAAGGAAGGGUUGGCCAAGGGCUGCCGGGGGGGGGGUGAUGCUUUGGGAAAUGGGGGGAUAAGGUUGGGGAGAUUUUGAGGCCAAGGAAAUUCCCGCGUUUUAGGGCAAGGGCCUGCGUGCCUCCCCCUGGUAUCCAGUUCUGUCACCCUGCAAAAUGGGUUGAGCCUGGGUUCUGGCUUGGGUGGGGAGGUGAAGGGCGUUGGAGGUGCCCUGGGGGUGGGGAGGGUGGGUGGGUGGGCGAGGAGCUGGCCCUUCCUCCUCCUCCUCCUCCACCCCCCGCCCGGCCCCCUUGCUGCCCCCGCUCACCCCGUCCGUCCGGCGCCCUCCCUCCAGGGAAGCACUACGGGGUCUACAGCUGCGAGGGCUGCAAAGGUUUCUUCAAGCGGACCAUCCGGAAGGACCUCAGCUACACCUGCCGCGACAACAAGGACUGCAUCGUGGACAAGCGCCAGCGCAACCGCUGCCAGUACUGCCGCUACCAGAAAUGCCUGGCCACCGGCAUGAAGCGCGAAGGUAGCGGGAGGGAGGGAGGGGGCGGCAGGGGGGGCUGCAGCAGGGGGAGGGGCCUCCCAGGGACAGGCAGGCAGGGGGGCUGCAGGGGGCGGGGAGAGAGUCAGGGCCGCAGGGAGGGAGUCGGCUCCCUCGUAUAUUCGUGGAGUGGGAAAGGGACCCCAGGGGACCAUCUAGACCAACCCCCGCCUUGCCGGAAUCACAGCUUGAAAGACGGCCACCCAGUCUCUGCUUAAAAACCUCCCAUAUCCCAAGAGAGGCAGUAUAACAGCUCCUUUUCUCCGAAUAGUCUUCCUGGCGUUUAGUCAGAAUCUCCUUGAAGCCACGGGUUCGAGUCCUCCCCUCCAGAGCAGGAGAAAACAAGCAUGCUCCCUCCUUCAUGGGACAGCCCUUCAGAUAUUUGAAGAAGGCUCUCCUGUCUCCUCUCCAGCUCCUCUUUCCCAGGCUAAACAUCCCCAGCUCCUUCAACCCUUCCUCAUUAGGCUUAGUUUUUAGAUCCUUGAUCCUUGCUUAGGGAAGCUUUUAAUGUUUGAUGCAUUACUGAAUUUUAAUAUUUUGUUGGAAGCCGCCCAGAGUGGCUGGGGAAGCCCAGCCAGAUGGGCGGGGUAUAAAUAAUAAAUUAUUAUUAUUUUUAUUAUAUUAUUAUCCUCUUGGUCACCCUCCUCUGCACACCUUCCAGCUUGUCAACAUCCUUCUUAAAUUGUGGUGCUCAGAAUUGGACACAGUAUUCCAGGUGUGGUUUGAGUAAGGCAGGGUAGAGUGGGACUCUCACUUCCCUUGAUCUGGACGCUAGACUUGAUGCAGCCUAGAAUCGCAUCAGCUUUUUUCGCUGCUGCAUCACCCUGUGGACUCAAGUUCAGCUUGUGGUCCACCAAGACCCCUGGAUCCUCCUCACUAGUCAGCCAGGUGUUCCCCAUCCUCUAUUUGUGCAUCUGCUUCUCCCUUCCUAAGUGCAGAGCCUGACGUUUGUCCCUGUUGAAAUUCAUUCUGUUAGCCUGGGCCCAAUUCUCCAAUCUGUUAAGGUCAUUUUGAAUCCCGAUUCUGUCCUCUGCGGCUUUAGCUGCCCCCUCACGUCUUUAACUGGGAUGCCCAGAACUGGACACGGGACUGGCCAAAAGUGCCGCGCCCAUUCCUGGCUGGCUCAGCGCCACUCUCUCAUGAGUUGACUCUUCUGCCGUGUUGUUUUAGCUGUGAUUCUGGCAUUGCGGAGGGUUGGGCUCGAUGGCCCUCGGGGUCCCUUCCUGUUCUGCGAUCGGCGCCUGCCAGAACGUAGCGCUUGCUGACGACUCUUAGCCAGAGGGUAGCUUCCUUGAGCGAGGGCUUGUGCAGUGAAUGGGCUGCCCACUCUCCUUUCUCUCACUGCUCCUACUCCUGUCUCGCGCCGGCGGGCGACUGCUUUGACUGCAGAAGGUGAAGGAGAAGGAGGGCAGGUGUGGGAGCCCCCAGGGAGCUGCAGCCACCGUCUGAGGCAGCGCUGGGCUCCAUGGCAUAGCGGGAUAGCGCAGAGCCCUUCUUCUGAGGUAGCUGGGGAGAGAGCCUUCCGUCCCUCAAAACAGCGUCAUCCAAAUUUGGUUGGGCUCGAACUCUUGGCCAGUGCAACCCAGAGGUUGACGGGAGCCGUGGAACCAAACCCCCGCAGGGUACCGGGGCGGGGGGGGGACUGGGGGGGGGAGAGCGGUCCAGGUAGUCCAGGGGUAGCAGUUCCAACGGCCCAGUGGCGGCAGCGGUUGAUCUCUGUGUUCGUCCUCCACCCCUUCCCCCUCGGCAGGGACCCCCGCCCGUGCUCCCUUUGGGUUCAGGGGGAGCAGUGGCGGGGGUCGCGUUGCCUCGCCCCACCAGGCCUCCUCGGUGGUGGCACCUCCCCAGCUUCCUGUCCCGCCUACUCAGAAUCCCCCCCUCUCUCUCAGCCGACGGGUUUGACCCAGAGGCAGAGAGAGAGAGAGGGAUGAAGUUUGUGCUUGGGGUGAUUCCUCGACUUUUCCCUCUCCCUUCUCUCUCUGCUUUCCUGGGGGGGGGGGGUUUGGGACCUGCCCUCGUCUCAUCCCUCACCCCCGCCUCUCUCUCUCUCUCUCUCCCCCCCCCCGCUCUCCCGGGGUCCCCCACAGCGGUGCAGGAGGAGCGCCAGCGUGGGAAGGACAAGGACGGGGAGGGGGACCUGGCCGGGGGCGGGGCCAACGAGGACAUGCCGGUGGAGAAGAUCCUGGAGGCGGAGCUGGCUGUGGAGCAGAAGUCCGAUCAGGGGGUCGAGGGAAGCGGCGCCACGGGGGGCAGCUCGGUGAGUGGGGGUGGUGGUGCUGCGGGAUCAGAACGCUCGCCCCGGACGUUUGACGUCAACGAGGUAAAUACCCGCCGGGGGGAGAGGGAAAUGAGGCGCGGUGGGGGGCAGGGGGGGCGGCUCGCUGCCUCUGCUGUGUGGGCGGGAGGCGGCUGCGGUGCCCCAGGGCGGUGGAGGGCAGCUGGUUGGCAGGGUGUCGUUCAGCUGCGGAACUCCUUGCCGCAGCGGGAGAGGGUUGCCUGCCACCAGAUUUGGGUUCCCUUUGGAGGGGCCCCCAAAGGCCACGCUCGGCCUCCACCGUCAGCGGCAGCAGAUGCGCCCGGAACCCGUCUGCUGGAAGCCGCGGGAGAACGCCGGUCUUGGGUUCGAGUGCUGCUUUCAGGCCGGCCUCUGAGCUCUUGUGAUGAAGGGCUGCGUUUAAUCACAGCAAUAGGGUGCUGGACUAGGUGGGCUGGAAGGGUAUGGAGGGGCGCCCAGCUGGGUUGGGGAGUGGGUGUGAGGGGCCGAGCAGGGGUGGGUCGGGGGUCCCGGUCUCUUGCACAGCAGGGGUGUCUUUUGGGGGGGGGAGUGGUGUUUCUCCUGACGGAAACCUGCCCACCCACCGUCCCGGCCUCUUCCCUCUCUCUGCCCCUGCAGCCCAACGACCCCGUCACCAACAUCUGCCAGGCGGCCGACAAGCAGCUCUUCACCCUGGUGGAGUGGGCCAAGCGCAUCCCCCACUUCUCCGAGCUGCCCCUCGACGACCAGGUCAUCCUGCUGCGGGCGGGUGAGUGGGGGACCCUCUGCGUACGCCCCUGCCAAAUACCACGGCAUUUGAUCCAAAUAGAGUCCUGGGUGAAGGCGAAUUGCAUUCCUGUUCUUCCCCUUCAUCCCUUUCGGUCUCUCUUGCCACCAUUAGGGCAGUGUUUUUCAAACUUUUCCCAACCUAGUUUCCUUCCUGUUGCCCCCCCCCAUCCUACCAUAUUAUUAUUAUUAUUAUUAUUAUUAUUAUUAUUAAUUCAUACCCCGCCCAUCUGGCUGGGCUUCCCCAGCCACUCUGGGCGGCUUCCAACAAAGAUUAAAAACACAUUAAAAUGUCACACAUUAAAAACUUCCCUAAAAAGGGGUGCCUUCAGAUGUCAAACGUCAGGUAAUAAUAAUAAUAAUAAAUUUUAUUUAUACCCCACCCUCCCCAGCCAAGACUGGGCUCAGGGCAGCUAACAACCAAUAAUAAAAACAAGUUGAUUGAAAUACAACUUUAUAAACAAGAUUGAAAUACAACACGAAAGCAUUAAAAUGCAGGCUCGUCACAGGAGGAGAAAGGAAAAAAGGUAGUUGUUUGACAUCUGGUGGGAGGGCGUUCCACGGGGCGGGUGCCGCAACCAAAAAGGCCCUCUGCCUGGUUCCUUGUAGCUUUGCUUCUUGCAGUGAGGGAACCGCCAGAAGGUGGGAGCCUUUGUAAACAGUACAUGUUUUAUUUUUAAUUUUUAUUAUUGUAUAAUUUCUAUAAUUUCACCUGUGGCCCCUUUGGAAUAUACUGGUGGUCCUGUGGCCCCUGGUUGAUAAAUGCUGCAUAUUAGGGAACAGAGAAUCCCUUUUUUCUGUCCCACGUUGUCCGUUUCCAUACAAUGGGUAUACAGUGGAACCUCGGUUGUCGAACACUUUGGAAGUCGAACUUUUUGACUUUUAAGCGCCCACAACCCAGAAGUGAACGCUUCCAUUUUCGAACAGCUUCCAAGGCGUGAUUCUCCAUUUUUUCAAUUGAUUUUGCCGACCGGCAUUUGCGCCUCGGUUGUCAAACUUUUCAGAAGUCGGAACAGUUUUCCGGAACGGAGUACGUUCAGCAACCGAGGUUCCACUGUGUAGCUCGAAAGAAUAUUGAAAAUCUUUUUCCGUCUUGUUGAUAUAUUCCAGCACUUUCUCCCCAAACUUACUAAGUGUGGGGCACAGUAAAAGCAUCUAUUUCCAACAAGCCCUGUCCGUAUUACGUCUCCAGCAAAGAGCUGCGUUAGAUGGGGAGUCCAGUAGAUUCUAAAUUGUAUUUUCUGUUGUGUUAAGCCUCAACUUAUGGCCUUCUGGAACUCCCUCCCACUGGAGACGGGGAUGGCCGCCAUCUUGGAAUGCUUCGAAUUAGGCCAGGGGUAUCCAACUCCCAAGAGACUUCGAUCUACUCCCAGGAAAAAAGGCAGUGAUCUACCCAUUAUUUUGGAGGGAGUUCAGAGUUGUCAAGCUUCUUGGAGCAGGUCAAAGUUGUUGACCUUUUCUUAGGGGGCAGCUUCCCAAAGUUAUUGACUUUUUUUGGGGGGGUCCCAAAGCUGUUGAGGGUUUUUUUAACAGUAAGUGUGAAGAAUUGCAAUAAAUCGCCGCUAACAGGCGAACACAGCACUACAGAAGAGAAGAAAGGAACGCCCACUAAACGCGACUCUGGGAAAGAGCGAGGGAGCGGAGACAUGAUUCUAAACAACGCGAGCGAUAAGGAUCCCAUGAUCAACCACGGUCACCUGGGGAUCGACCUGUCGAUCGCAGUCAACCGGUUAGACACCCCUGAAUUAGGCGAAUCCCCCACCCUUCCUGGCUUUUUUUCUGGCCCACGUAGGACCCGUCUGGAUAGUUAGCCUUGGUGAAGAGUUGACGUUUUCAUCCCCCCAAAAAUGUUUUUGAAUUGAUUUUCCCUUGAAAUGAGGCUGCAUUUUAAUGCAUUUCAACGUUUUAAUGCUGUAUUUGAAUCUUGUUUUUAUCUGUUGUUAGCCGCCCCAAGCCUGGUAUUGGCUGGGGAGGGCAGGGUAUAAAUAAAAAUUAUUAUCAUUAUCAUUAUUAUCAUUAUUACUAACACCCCUUCCUUUCUCUCUCCAGGCUGGAACGAGCUGCUCAUUGCCUCCUUCUCCCACCGCUCAAUUUCCGUGAAAGACGGCAUCCUUCUGGCCACCGGCCUCCACGUGCAUCGCAACAGCGCCCACAGCGCCGGCGUGGGAGCCAUCUUUGACAGGUGCCCGCCCAGGCGGGAGGGGGUGGCGGCCGCCCUCGAUGGGGAUGGGGAGGUGGGGCUUUUCCCUUCUGCUGCUGCUGACCCCCCCUGCCCUCCCUCCGUCCCGCCAGGGUCCUGACAGAGCUGGUGUCCAAAAUGCGAGACAUGCGCAUGGACAAGACGGAGCUGGGCUGCCUGAGGGCCAUCAUCCUCUUCAAUCCAGGUGAGCGGCACAGGAGGGUCCUGGGGCAGCAGGGGAGGGGGGUGCGCGGCCCCCUUCCUUCCCCUCGUCCUGGGGGGGGAGGGUUGCAAGAGGCCUGCGUCCAGGGAGGGUCUUGAUUCCCUCUCCUUUCCUGAGCGCCUCCGUCUCCCUCUCCGGCAGAUGCGAAGGGUCUCUCCAACCCCGGAGAGGUGGAGCUGUUGCGGGAGAAGGUCUACGCCUCCCUGGAGUCCUACUGCAAACAGAAGUAUCCUGAGCAACAGGGCAGGUACGGGCAGGCGGGGAUUUGGGGUGAGGGGCUGCGCUGAGAAGGCCCCGCAGACAGCGCCUGUGACAAAGUUCCCCGGGAUAUUUAUUAUUCGGUUUUCACAUCAAAUUUUGCAAUCACAUACCCAAUACAUAGGGACGCAGGUGGAGCUGUGCUCUAAACCACAGAGCCUAGGGCUUGCCAGUCGGAAGGUUGGCGGUUCGAAUCCCCGCGAUGGGGUGAGCUCCCGUUGCUCGGUCCCUGCUCCUGCCAACCUAGCAGUUCGAAAGCACGUCAAAGUGCAAGUAGAUCAAUAGGUACCGCUCCGGCGGGAAGGUAAACGGCAUUUCUGUGCGCUGCUCUGGUUCGCCAGAAGCGGCUUAGUCCUGCUGGCCACAUGACCUGGAAGCUGUAUGCCGGCUCCCUCGGCCAAUAAAGCAAGAUGAGCGCCGCAACCCCAGAGUCAUCCGCGACUGGACCUAAUGGUCAGGGGUCCCUUUACCUUUACCCAAUACAUAAAAACAAGAUUCCAGGGAAUCUUCUGGGCUUCCAUCCUCUGCUUUAUGGGUCCUGUUGUUAAUCAUUUCCUCCUGCAUCUUUUAUUAUAAUCCAAAUAUUCUGGCGUGCUCUGGUCCAUGGGGUCAUGAAGAGUCGGACACGACUAAACAACUAAACAACAACAAAUAUUUUACAUCCCCAUUAUGUCCAAAGUUCACCCUUAUGCCGCAAGUGUUAUUCCAGUCCCACUAACAGUUUUAACUGUUUACAAUGGUUUUUGAGAUAAAUUAUAAAGAGCAGUGCAUGGAAACGCCGUUUACCUUCCCGCCGGAGCGGUACCUAUUUAUCUACUUGCACUUUGACGUGCUUUCAAACUGCUAGGUGGGCAGGUAUUUACUGGGAGUUAAAUACCAACAGUACAUCAUUUUCACAUACCCUCCAUGUCCACCACACAUGAUAAAAGUUGCCUUCUUUUUCCCCUACAUUUCCAACAUACAUUUGACCCUGUUUUAUGCAUUUUUGCUAAUUUACCGGGAGUUAAAUACCAGCGGCACAUCAUUUUCACAUAGUUUUCUUUCAGCGUGUAACAUGCUGUAAAUUUUAAAUCCCAGUUCCAUAACUUCUCUCCCCUGGGAUAUUCUCGCUCCCCUCCCGUGGAAAGGUCCAGAAACUGGCCUUUGCGGAGGGCAGGGCGGCCGCCGAGGGAGGCUCCCCUUGCGUCCUGUGGCAGGGAGUUCCGCCGUUGCCAGCCGGGGACUUUGACGCCUCUCCCCGCUUGUUCCAGGUUUGCCAAGCUGCUGCUGCGUCUUCCUGCGCUGCGAUCCAUCGGGCUGAAGUGCCUGGAGCACCUCUUCUUCUUCAAGCUGAUUGGGGACACCCCCAUCGACACCUUCCUCAUGGAGAUGCUGGAAGCCCCCCACCAGAUGUCCUGACCGCCCUCCUCUUCCUCCUCCUCCCCCCAAGCCACUCCUGCCGACAGAAAGAAAGGGGGCGCUUUUUGUGGGGAUUGCGGCAGGGGCUGGACUGGGUGCCCCUCACUCGCCUCUCUCUUCGCCACGACAACGGCCAUCCCAUCAGCUGCCUCUCUCCCCCCCCCCGACACGUCUGCCCCACACACCCCACACCGCCUCCAGAAGAGCCCCCAAGUGAGGUGACGUUGGCUUCCUCCACGGAAGGAGUUUUAGGGGUUUGGGACACGGGAGGGGUCGCUUUCUGGCCAGAUCUCCCUGACACACUCCAGGGCUGUUGGGGGGCAGUUUACCUUUGGGGGAGCACCUCCUUGCCCCUCCCCCGCCGGGGUUUUUAAAGGCACGGUACUGUGUUUGGAAGGCAGCCCUCUCUUGGCCGUGGGUCUCCUGCGCAGCCCCCCCUGCCCACCUCUGAGCUUUGCAGGCUUUGGGGGUGAGGUCUUCCCUCUGCCCCACGGAGACAAACAGUGCUUGUGAGGGGCCAGGCUGGGGGCUUUUGGGGUGCAGCUCCCGACCCCAAAGAGGAUUCCUGCGACAGACUUUAUUUUAGAGAAUGUGGGGAGGGGCCCUGUAACCUCCCGCCGACAGCCCCCUCACCCCAAAGUAGGGGGACUUUUUUUAAAAAAAAGAAAAAAUGGUUUCUAAGGUAUUUGGGGAACGCUAAGCUUGCAGGGGGAAGGGGUCGAGUUUUUACCUCAAUAAUGGUUAUCAGAAAAUACGGUUUCCUAGAUUCUUGUCCCUCCCACCCCACCCCCCAGGUAGAGGCCUAAGCAAACCCCCUUUCCCGCUCCUCUCCUUCUCCCCCCACCCCCCCAAAUAUUUCUGGUUUAGCACUUUGGACGUGGCCCUGUUCCUCAUCUAUGCAAGGAGGUGUGGAGAUUGGGGAGGGAGGGUGGGACAAAAGAGAGCCCCCCCCAUGCAUGUGUUUCUAUGCCAGGAACCCCCCCCCCAAAAAAAAAACCCCCAAGGUUGAGGAUGUUCCCAUUUGGCCGCCUCCCCAAGAAUGUCAUGGACAACCUAGUCAGAUGGAUGGUAUAGAAAUAAUAAAAUUAUGAUUAUUAUUGGGGGGCAGAGCUGGGUUGAUGCGGUUCAUGUGGCCUCCCCACCCAGGCAUCUGACCUCAAGGUCGGUGGGGAGGAACCCAGUGCUCCCCCCCCCCAUAUCCCUUUGGGUCUUUACUCCUCUAUUCUCCUUGGGGUGUCCUGGUCAGGGGGGGCUGGCGGUGACCCACAUGCAUGGCUCUGCUCUCUAUUUGGCCUCCCCCCCCCCCCUCAGCAUGCCCAUAUUCAUUCGCUGCUCCCCCCCCCCAUUAAUUUUAUUUCUGUUAUUAAACUCACACCCCCCAACUUGAAUCUCUGCUUCUGGAACAUGUUGAUUUUAAUAAAAGCUGCUCUUUCCGGAGGGGGGGUUCCCUCUCCCCCCUCUCC